UUUCACCCUCUUUAGAGGACUAGCGAAUUGUUAAUCGUCAUAAUGAGAACUACAUAUGCUAUCCCCCUUUCCUGGCCCCUACAUAGCCCCUAUACAGCCUCGAUAUGUAGGUUGCAGAGUAAGAAGCUAACCAAUCCUCGGCACUGAGUGGACUUACCUCAGCAUGAUGUUACCUUAACUAUGCCUUAUCGCGGGUUAAACCAAGAUUGUCUCCUCUAGCUUCCCCCUGUUGCUCCCCGCCUCACCCCUCCAUCACAACUUGUUCCACGAAGCAUCUACAGAACAGACAGAUGUCUUUGUCCUCCGGAACCAGCGCCGCUCCCAUGGCUCCUCGGCCACCGCUCCCUGCGAACCUCGUAUCGCUCUUCGCCCAAGCUCUGCAGCGCUACCAGGCCUCCAACACGGCGUUCCGCGUCCUCUGCUCCGUAACCUCGUCCUCCGUCCCGCCCACCACAGAGGAACAGCUGCUGGCCCCGCAGUCACCGCGCGUCCUGCCGCGGACGCUCCUGAUCCUCGACUCGUCCUUCAACCCGCCCACCCUCGCCCACCAGCGUAUGGCGCUGACCGCCCUCGAGGACGAAGAUGCCGCAAAUCGUCGCGAUAACGAUGGCCCCAAGCCGGACGCGGAGACGCAGACGAAGCGGGGCUCCCGCGUCCUCCUCCUCCUCGCUACCAACAACGCGGACAAGGCCCCGAAGCCCGCCGCCUUCCCGCAACGCCUCGCCAUGAUGUACAUCUUCGCGCGGGACCUGCUCGCGCGCCGCGCCGGCUCCCACUCGCCGCACCCGAAGCAGAAACAAGGAGGAGAGAUAGGGGGAGGAGGCGCGGAAGAUGCCGGCGACGCCGUUGACAUCGGCGUCACGACGGAGCCCUACUUCCACGCGAAGAGCGGCGCGGUCGCGGCAUCGGACUUUUACGGCGGAGCCGCACCGACGGAGACUGAGACGGAGACGGAAAAGAAAGGGGGAGGAAGAGGCGGGGAGGAAGGAGAGCGCGACAUGACCCAGGUCUACCUCACCGGCUUCGACACGCUGAUCCGCAUCCUCGACCCCAAGUACUACGGGCACUCGGCGGCGGCGAUGGCGGCGGUGCUCGACCCGCUGUUCGCGCGCGCGCGGCUGCGCGUGGCGAACCGGACGGACGCGGGCUGGGGCAGCGCCGCGGAGCAGGCGGCGUAUCUGGAGAGGCUGCGGCGCGGCGGCGGCGGCGGGGCCGCGGGAGAGGCCGCGGCCGCCGACACGGCGCGCUGGGCGCGCCGCAUCGAGAUGGUGGAGGGCCGCGGCGAGGGCGACGCCGUCGUCAGCAGCACCAAGGUGCGCGACGCGGUGCACGCGCGCGACUGGCACGCGCUCAGGGCGCUCGUUAGCGAGGACGUCGCGGCGUGGAUCCGCGCCCAGGGCCUGUAUAGCGAGGAGGGCGGCGCCUGAUGCGCGGGCGACCUGCA